AUGACAAAAUACCUAAUCCAUAUCGUCGAUAUGAGCUCUGAUCUUCAGGAUAAAUGCAAAGCAAUUAUUACUGAUGCAUUUGACAAGCAUUUGGAUGAGAAAAGUAUCGCUGAUGAUAUUAGAAAAAAAAUCCAAAAAGUGCAUGAGCCAUCAUGGAACUGUAUAGUUGGAAAGCAUUUUGGCGCUCAUGUUGUCCACCAAACUAAUUGUUACCUAUUCUGUAGCUAUGGGGAACUUUCUAUUUUGUUGUGGAAAUCAGGAUAAUCAUGUUAAUCCCAAAUAUUGUCAGAAAAUGAGUUAGAUAGGUAGGACUUC